GCGCGCAUUAGCCUAUCGGAUCCGGCCCUUGCUUACCAAAGCAUUGGACCGGGUUCGAGUCCGGCGUACACCAAUGAAUAUUUUCAAUAUUUAAGUGUAUUAUUCUGCUCAGCCCAAGAAAUACAAACGAGUUCCAAUCUCAAAAGUUUACCCCCUACCGUAGUCGCUCAUGACCUUAGGCGCGCAUUAGCCUAUCGGAUCCGGCCCUUGCUUACCAAAGCAUUGGACCGGGUUCGAGUCCGGCUGUAUUAUUCUGCUCAGCCCAAGAAAUACAAACGAGUUCCAAUCUCAAAAGUUUACCCCCUACCAAGUGAUAAGUGUAGAAAUGAAAAACUUACAGGUACUGUUGAACUG